AAAAGAUGAGAAAAGAAAGAAAUAAGAAUAAGAAUGGUUAUGUUUAUUUUGGUGUACAAAUAUUUUUAGAUGUGUUUUUUUAUUUUUAGAAAAUGCUAUUCUCAUUCUCUUUUCAUGUAACUCUAUAGUGGGCAGUCUGCAUAUCGUCCCACAAAAAUAUUAAAUAGUUGUUUACUAUCCAAAAUAUCGUUAAAGAAAGCUUGGCUUGCAGUAUGUACAACAUCAACAAUGCCAUUUAAAUUUUAAGUAUGCCCUAAACUAUUAAUAUUGUGCCUUUUGCAUCCUGAAGAUACAAAUGAAAUUGCCUUUGAUUGAGGGUGAACAGUCUGUGAUUAAUAUUAUUUAAGAAACCAACCUAUUUAAAGUAUUCCAGUGCCUACAAACUACAAAUUUUUUUCAAAAAUUAAAACUAGAAAAUAUGCCUUUCAAAUUGAAACUUAAAAAGUCUCGACAUUAUAGUGUCGUAUCUAAGAGCUUAUUCGUCAUAUCAGUAGAAAUUUUAGAUGGUACCAACGUAGAAUGUACCCUUUCAUCAGAAAGCACUGGACAAGAUUGCCUGGACGUGGUCUGCCAAAAAUUGGGGCUGAAUCAACCAAAAUUCCUAGGUUUGCAGUACAUCAGUUGUAAUAGCGAAAACAAUGUUUGCUGGUUGGAACUGGACAAACCCAUGAAAAGGCAGCUGGAUAAAUAUGCAAGGGGCUUGUCUGUAUAUUUGCGUGUUAUGUAUUAUGUUAUUUCUGGCGUGAGGCUUAUAACAGAUGAAGUAACUAGGUAUCACUAUUUUCUGCAAUUGAAACAAGAUGUAAUGGAAGGAAGAGUAUCAUGCACCCCUCCACAAGCCACUGAGCUAGCCAGUUACUGCAUGCAAGCUGAAUUCGGAAAUUUUGAUUCCGAAAGACAUACAGCGCUUUAUCUAAAGGAUUUUCAACUUUUUCCUAAGACUUUCACAGAUCCAGUUCUGUUAGAAACAUUAACAGAAGCUGCCAGCAGACAACAUGCUGCAUUGCAUAAUCUACCCCAGAGUACAGCUGAAGAGUAUUAUAUUUGUGCCUGUCAAAGAUUAGAGGGUUACGGGGAGGAGGAAUUUCAUGUUAAAGAUAAGGAAGGAAAUAUUGUGAUAAUUGGUAUAGGUUUAAGAGGAGUAUCAGUUGCUUUCACUGAGAGACAUUCAAAAUAUUUCAGUUGGUCAGAUAUAAGUAAUGUUAUAAACCAUAAAAAGGAAUUUAUCGUUGAAUCAGUGGGUGGAAUAGAAAAAGCAGAGUUUCUGUUUAGUGAUGUGGAUAGUGCCAAAAAUGCGUGGAGAUUUUGUGUCUUGCAGCAUAUAUUUUUUAGACAAUACGAACUCAAUAAUGAGACGGAGCAUCCGAAUCGAGACAUUCCUGAACCACCUGGAUUUAAACAAGAGGAUGCACUUGAACGAGACAGCUGCGAGGAUAUCAUCAAUCCAUCCCAUUGGGGGGACAUGCCUGUAUCUUCAUCUCAAAAUAUCCCCCAACGAGUGCAGUCAACUUCGUGCCUGGAUUUACAUACAUCAACCGACAUUGACAAUCUACGUAGCUUAUUACCUUCUUACCGUCCAGCUCCAGACUAUGAAACAGCCAUGCAACAAAAAUACAGGAAUUCCUCAAGUGCUUUGAUCCCAUCCGAACAAAUAAGAAACACUCAUGGUGUUUUAUAUAGUUCCCAGCCUGAAAUACAUCGAAGUGAGGCUUAUGCGCCGCAGUUUAGAUAUCCUGAUAUAACUCAUAAUACUUUUGAACAAAAAAAUUCCCUAUAUAACCAAGGAUUUAUUGAAUCUCCAUUUUUGGUUAAUGAAAAUAGGCAAGUGAAUUUUGAUAAUGUUGGUAUAGUUCAUUUGUAUAAACAACCUCCGCCAUACCCUGCAAGAAUUGGAUCAAAUUCGACACCUGAUUUGGCUGGAAUCUCACAUCAACAAGCCAAACUUCCACAUUUAUUUGUUAAUAAUCUUAUCAGCGGAUCUAGUCCUGAUUUGGUUUCUAUUGAUAAUAGACACUUGAAGCAAUAUAACGAGCUUUAUCAAAAUCCGAAUAGUAUUCAUAGAUCUCAAAGCUAUUUACCACAGUCUCACCAACAAAACAGCACUUAUGGAAAUGUACCUCAUCAUGUGUUCAAUAAUAACAUGUUAGGCAGACCCCAACAAGCUGUCAUUGUUGAAAACCCCAACGUAACGAAACACAUCAAGAAAGUCUAUGAUGAACAUGGUAAUAUAAUUUAUUGCAUGCCAGCAAACAUGAAGCAAAUUUUACAAAACAAUAAACUGCCGAAUAGAGGAUUUGUUGUGACUAGAAAUCAAAAUGCCCUAUUAGCCCAUGAUUCUCAAUUGACAGGUUCUUCUGAGCCAAUUUAUGAAAAUAUCCCUAGGCCUUGGCAGCACGAAAAUGAAAUAAGAAGCCGAGCGCAAAGUAUACAUUCAGCUCCUGAAAUCAGCCAAGUAGUUAAUCAUUCUCUGGUAAGUGCUUUGCAAACACAACUAGAAACCACUACUCUGGACAAUAGUAGAGAAAAUAUGUAUGCAAAUGUUGGACUCAAGCCUUCAAAAGCAAAUAAUUUAAAUGAUAUCCAAGAUUUAAAUUCUGGUACGUCCAAAGGAUAUAAUAGUGAAAGUUAUAGAACUUUAAGUGGUCCAAUUGGUUUGACCAAAGAAUCUGUGCGUACAAGUAAUUUGACUGUAACCGGUGAAAGUAUAGCAACUUCUUUAAGUAAUAUGAGUGACAAUAAUGCAGACAACACUUUAAAUACCACAACUAUUAGUAAGACAAAGAAAAAACGGUGGGGUUUGUUGAUAGGCAAAAAUAAAUCGGAUGAAAAAGUUAAAAGUGCUACAUUGAAGAUUGAUAAAAAGAAAGAAGAUAAAGGUCAAGGAAAGUACCGGUGGUCUACGGGGCAGCCCAAGUUCAAUCCACUUCCGCCGUCUAUAACAAAAGAAGCGAUGUGUCAACUUCUGGAAAACAAAUUGGCAGACAGCCAACUAUUCUUCGAGUUUGACAGAAUCCCAAAGAAGAAAGAAAACGCUGAUUAUACCACUUCCUUAUUACCGGAAAAUACUCUCUUUAAUCGAUUCAAGGAUGUACUUCCUUACGAAGAUAACCGAAUACGACUUACCCCGACAAAAGGAAACAAAUUUGGAUAUAUUAAUGCUUCCCACAUAACGGCAACUGUUGGCAGUAAACAAAGAUUUUACAUUGCUGGACAGGGACCAACUAGAGCAACUUUACCAUACUUUUGGCAGUGUGUAUGGGAGGCUGAAGUGUAUUUAAUGGUUCAACUGACGGAUCACACAGAAGAUUUGACUUAUUUGCCUGACGCCGAUGAAAGAUGUAUAAAUAUAGGCAAAGACUAUCAAGUCUGGUGGGAAUUUUCUCAAAAAACUGGCUACUGCAUUACUAGUAAAAUAAGACUGUGCCAAGUGAUUUCAAGACGGUACCGUACAAUGUGGCACUUGCACUAUACAGAGUGGGGCGAUCAAGGAUGCCCCAAUUCGGUUGCACACUUUUUAGGAUUUUUAGAAGAAAUGCAAGGCGUGUAUCAACACUCGAUGAGCGAAAUUCCACCGGGACAUAAUAAAAACCCGCCUAUUUUGGUGCAUUGUACUGCUGGAGUUGGAAGGACUGGUUUGACGAUUCUUAGCGAUUUGUUGUUGUACACUGUUGAUCACAAUCAAGAAGUUUGUAUACCCGGUGUUGUGGCUCUUCUUCGACAACAGCGGCCACAAAUGAUUCAAACCAUUGCUCAAUAUAGAUUUGUAUAUUCGUUACUAAUACAUUAUUUGAAGCAGACAAGACUUAUUUAAAAGUGAAAUUAUUAUUUAUGUAUGUUUUUAAUACAGGCCAUUUUAUUAACAAUUGUGUGCAAUUUGCAUGUUGUUUUAAGCAAUAAAUGAGAGAUUAUAUUCAGUGGUAUAA